GCAACGAAGAGCAGAUACAACAGAACAGAAGCUGGAUAAGAGACCGAGAACAGCACAAAAGCAAAUGAGGCAAUAGCCUCACUCCUAAGUCCUAACUACAAGUAGGCCCUGGAAGACCAUCAUUCCUUAAAAUAGAAAUCAAAGAGGUUGGAGGCCUGUCGGCCCAAUCCUGAGAGCACAACCUCAACUUAGCAAGCUUCACCGCGGCAUCUGCAACACGGUUUGCUUCACGAUCAGUGGGGAGAUUCUCCAAUUUGGGUUGUCAAGAGCAAGUAAGACCGCCUGGCAGUCUCCUUCUAAGAUGAUAUUCUGGAGCUUCAAAUACGCAGCUAGCUGAAGACCUUUCACCACUGCUUCAGCUUCAGAUUUCAUUGCAGAAUUGCGAAUUUCAUGAUUCUAGCUCCGGCCAAAGAGUGGCCCCUGUGAUUCCUGAUAAUAACCCCGAUACCGCUAUUAUGAUUGUUCUUAUCCCAGGCUUCAUCCACGGCAGUAUUACCAUACAUUAGGAUUCCGGCAUCUAUUUUCCUCAAUGGAUGAGUCUAGUUUUCUUGGUCUAUUGCAUACAGAUUAGCGUAAAUUCAUUCUUCUUUUCUAUUGGUCUUUGUAGGAAUCCGAUGAAGAUACUGAUCCCAACAAUUAACGAUGGUGCAUUGAAAAUCACCACCAGGAACCAACUAUUCGUAUGUCAAAAUAGAGUAUUGAAAUUUAAAAGUGGAGAUUUACUCAAGUCCAUGAAGACGAAGCACCACCACCUUACCUGCACAAGCUUGACUUUAAAAAGGGACAUCGUUGUGCUAUAUAUAAAUCAUAUUGCCCCCGGUGGCUUAUUGCAAUGGAGAUUUGAGUUUAUGGGAACAAUAUGGAGUCGUUUCUUACUGCUAUGGUGGUUUUGGAGGACAGGACAGCUAGCUGAACAUCAUUUCAUUGAUGACUGCGGAUCAUUGUGUCAAACUCUGAGGGAAAAAUAUGAACUUUGGGUGAGUUCGAGAGGAUACAUGCAAGAUUGGCUGUCCCACUGUCUGUGCGGCUGCUGAAAUUACAGAGUAAAUCUCAGCCCUCAUCAGCUAAUACCAAAUGUCAUGUGUGGAUACAGUAACUCCAUUUGUUGGAAAUUAGUUUAUGUGUCGCGUCUACUGCUGCCUUCUUAGAAGAUGAGUCAGUUUCAAGUCUUUAUGGCAGCGUUGUGGUGUUGCCUCACAUGCUGCAUGGUGCACCUAAUAAUGCCACGACAACAGGACGCAAACCUCUCUACAGAGGUAGCGGUUCGUGAUCGAAGAUAGCGUCUUCUCAGAAAGGUUUGGUGACUGGUCAAUCAGCAGUCAUGAAAGAUGAUGAUGAAGACCUUGAAAGUGGAAAACCAGUUGCAUUCCCUUCAGAGAAUAAUCUCAAAGUUGUUUUCUGGUCUCAGUGUCUGAUGACUAAACUUUCCUGCUGCCUUCCAUUCUUGGUGACUCGCAUGGUAUUCCUGACUGUCUUGGCUUCUUGAUGCUUGUUCUGAUGGAUGAAUUGUUACUCACUUUGGUGAUUCAGGGAUGCUUGUUGCUCAAUUUUUUUGCUAUGUCUUCGACUUACUCGCUAUAGAUUUUGUCUUUCUAAUUUGAUCAGCUGCAUUUGUUUUUGUUUUUGUUUUUGUUUAAAACUGCAUGUUUAUAGUUCUCUUCAACAGAGAUGCAUUAAUAUACUCUUUGCAAUACACCAUCUCCCCACGGCCAUAAAAA